AUGUUCUGUCUAUGUGGUAUAAGAAAUGAAAACAAAGAAUAGGAACGUGUAUAAAAUUCACAUGGAACUUCUCUUUAAUCAAAUAUGAAAUUAGAUAAUUAUGGAAGUCUAAAUAGUUUGUUUAAUGCUUAAGACUCCAAUAGAGUCAGUCAAGAAUAUACAAAUUUUUUAUGUGAAUACGAUAAAAAUUACUAAGAAAAGUCAUAAUUGUUUGAAGUUAAUGAAUAUUCAACAAGUUAAAAAUAGGAGGUAGCAUAUAAAAUAAUAAAACAAAGGAAUCAAAAACAAAUUCUAAAGAAUCUAUGUUAAUGCAUUAAGGUGAUGGAUUGUUAGUAAAAUUAAGCAAUGUUAAUUAAUAAUAAAUCAUUAAAUUGAAAGAUAAAAUUACAGCAUUUAUUAUGAGAAUACUCUAUGAUAUAAAAUUUGUAUUUGAAGUACUCAAACUCUAUUUAUAGUUUAUUAGAUAACUCCUUAAUAGGAAGUCUAAUUUGUAAAGUAGCUAGUGCCAAAUAUCAUCACUGAAUUAAUUUAUAGGAGAAUAAAGAAUGAUAAAUUAUUGAUUGCUCAUGAUCCAACAGGAAGCUUUUUAUUUAAACACCUUUCUUCUAGUCAACAAGUAUAUUUCGUUGAAGAAACCCAAGUCUUUAGGCCAAUCCUAAAUAAGGGAAUAGAUAUUUUGAAUUGUCACAAUAAGAUACACUUUGUAGCUAAAUCAGAUAUAACAGUUAAAUUAGAUACUGCCAUUGUGAGUAAAAUAAGCUAUGUAUAAUUUUAGAUUUGCUAUUUUUGAAUGAUGUUCCAAUAUACAGUAUUAUUUAGGAAUACCUUAGUUUGGCACAUGAUCUAAUUCUAAUUCUAUCUCCUAAAUUAGAGUAUCAUGAAAUGAUAUCAUAAGUGAGACAAGGAAUCAAGAAUAGUGCAUAAUCACAUAUCUAUUGCAGUGUAGAAAUUUAAUCUAUCUAUGAAUACAAUAAGAUAGUAGCUUUUAUUGUUUAUUAUGGUGAAAUUUCAUUAAUCAACUAAAAUUAAUAAUUACAUUUCUUAUAUAAAUGUAUAUCCAAAACAAUUCAAAAAACAUUUAAAUAUAAAGUAUUCUUGAAAAAUCUAAGGAGUCAAAUUGGAGUGAUGAAAUUAGUAGAUUUAUUUUCACUCUAUGGACUAUUAUUUGAUAGUUCUGAUGAGAAUUUUAAGAGAUUCUAUAAAUAAGUGAAGAAAUAAUAUUUUCCUAAAAUAAAAUCAUAAAAAUUCAUUUAAAAUGAUAGCAGUAAAUCAUCUACUGAAUCUGAAAGUGAAGGAAUUCAAUAAAUAGAAUCUGCAAACUCUCUUUUUACUGAAAUCAAAUUAUAUAGUAAAAGUGAAUCUAUUCAUAUGUCUAAUUAUGUUUAUGUUCAUUUUCAUUCAUAAAACAGUUAAAAAUCUACCUAAUAUGAAGAAUAAAUCCAAUUCAGUCAGUGA